CCAUAGUUCAAUAUUCCACUCUGGGGCUCAUAUCCCGUUUCAAAUUGCCGGGCUCCUCGACGCUGAGGCACAACGAACUGUUGCAAGCCCCUGCCCAGGAGUCAACGCCAGGCCCGUUCUGGAUGUAGAUUUGGUUCCUGGAGCUACAUCAUACAGAGCGAGAGCCUUAGCAAAGCAGGGGGAGCUCCAGCAGAGGGGAUAGCCAGACCGACCAAUGGGAUCAGGGAAGCUGGCUCAGAUGCUGCUGGGAUGGGCGGCAGUGUGUCUCAGUGCCAUGCAGGUGACUUGUGCUCAAACUGGAAGUGGACCUUACCAAGAUAGCCGCUUCACCGGGAGCGUGGACCAGAGGGAAGCACAGCGAGUCCGGCGCCGUGGGCAGGACAUCUUGAAAGGACCCAAUGUGUGUGGCUCUCGCUUCCAUUCGUACUGCUGCCCAGGCUGGAAGACGCUCUCUGGAGGCAACCAGUGUAUUGUUCCAAUUUGCAGGAACUCAUGUGGCGAUGGGUUCUGCUCCAGACCCAACAUGUGCACCUGUUCCAACGGCCAGCUCUCUCCCAGCUGUGGAGGUGGAGGAAUUCAAUCCUGUAACAUCAGGUGUAUGAAUGGAGGCAGCUGCAUGGAGGACUCCUGCUCCUGUGCAAAGGGAUACACUGGGAACCACUGUGGACAGCCUGUGUGUGACAGCGGCUGCCAGAACGGCGGACGCUGCAUCGGGCCCAACAGAUGUGCCUGCGUCUACGGUUUCACCGGUCCUCAGUGUGAGAGAGACUACAGGACAGGACCAUGUUUCACCCAGGUGAGCAACCAGAUGUGCCAGGGUCAGCUCAGUGGAAUCGUCUGCACCAAAACUCUUUGCUGCGCCACAAUUGGCCGAGCAUGGGGCCACCCCUGUGAGCAGUGCCCCGCCCAGCCGCACCCCUGCAGACGAGGCUUCAUCCCCAACAUCCGCACCGGAGCCUGCCAAGAUGUGGACGAGUGCCAGGCGGUGCCAGGUCUGUGUUCUGGAGGCAACUGUAUCAACACUGUUGGAUCAUACGAAUGUAAAUGCCCCGCUGGUCACCGUCAAAGUGAAACCAGUCACAAAUGUGAAGAUAUUGAUGAGUGCAGCACCAUUUCUGGAGUGUGUGAUGGAGGAGAGUGCACCAACACUGCUGGUAGCUACGUCUGCACCUGUCCACGAGGCUACAUCUCCAGCACAGAUGGCUCCAGAUGUGUGGAUCAGCGUGUGGGCACCUGUUUCUCUGCUCUUGCUAAUGGUCGCUGUGCUGCGGAGCUGAAUGGCCAGUACACGAAGAUGCAAUGCUGCUGUGAAACAGGACGCUGCUGGGCUUUGGGCCAGAUCCCAGAGAUGUGUCCUGUCAGGGGGUCUGAUGAGUUCAGGCGUCUGUGUAUUGUGGGUGUCCCACAAGGACUCCCUCACACCUUCCCCAACGGAUACUUCCCCAGCAACAACGGAAACUACGGAUUCAAGCUGCCCAGUAUACCAAACGGUAAUGGGAAUGGAAGGCCACAUACCAAUGGUGGAGGGGAGAGCUUUGGAGAGAAUGGAGGGACCUUUGGGGGCAAUGGAGGGACAUUUGGAGGGAAUGGAGGAGGCCUGAAUCACCUGAACAUAGGCACCGUUUCUGUGAAUGAAAGCCUUGAUUUUUGCCAACAUUUUACCCACCUGUGUUUGAAUGGACGAUGCAUCCCAACACGUGGGAGCUAUCGCUGCGAGUGUAACAUGGGAUACAAGCAGGAUGUCCGCGGGGAGUGCAUUGAUGUGGAUGAGUGUUUGAGUAACCCAUGUAUCAAUGGCGACUGUGCCAACACACCUGGGGCGUACCACUGCAAAUGCCACGAGGGAUACCAGGGGACCCCUACCAAACAGGCCUGCAUUGAUAUUGAUGAGUGCAUUGUGAACGGAGUGAUGUGUCGUAACGGCCGCUGCGUCAACACAGAGGGCAGCUUCCAGUGCAUCUGCAAUGCUGGCUUUGAGCUUACUCCGGAUGGGAAAAACUGCAUUGAUCACGAUGAGUGCGCCACUACCAACAUGUGUCUCAAUGGCAUGUGCAUCAACGAGGACGGCAGCUUUAAAUGCAUCUGCAAGCCGGGCUUCACUUUAGCACCCAGUGGCCGGUAUUGCAUCGACAUCGAUGAGUGCCUCACACCUGGCAUCUGCAUGAAUGGCCGCUGCAUCAACAGCGAGGGCUCCUUCCGCUGCGAGUGCCCACCGGGUCUGGCCGUUGAUGUUGAUGGAAGAGUGUGUGUAGACACACACAUGAGGACCACCUGCUACGGCACCAUAAAGAUGGGAACUUGCUCACGUCCGUUUCCAGGAGCGGUGACCAAGUCUGAGUGCUGCUGUGCUAACCCUGAGCACGGCUUUGGAGAGCCCUGCCAACCCUGUCCAUCCAGAAACUCAGCUGAGUUCCAAGCUGUAUGCAGCGGUGGUAUUGGUAUUACAACUGAUGGAAGAGACAUCAAUGAGUGUGCCUUGGACCCAGAAAUCUGCCAGAAUGGCAUGUGUGAAAACCUCAGAGGAAGUUACCGCUGCAUCUGCAACAUUGGCUACGAAUCUGACACGAGUGGAAAGAACUGCGUCGAUAUCAACGAAUGUCUGGUGAACCGACUGCUCUGUGACAAUGGACUGUGCAGAAACACCCCGGGCUCCUACACGUGCUCCUGUCCCAAAGGGUUCGUCUUCAAACCCGACUCUGAGACAUGCGAGGAUAUCAAUGAAUGUGAUUCCAGCCCAUGUAUCAAUGGAUUAUGUCGCAAUGUGGCCGGUUCCUUUAACUGCGAGUGCGCCCAUGGCAGCAAGUUGGACUCCACGAAUACCAUCUGCGUUGACAGCAUGAAGAGCACUUGCUGGCUCACAAUACAAGACAACCGCUGUGAGGUGAACAUCAAUGGAGCCACACUGAAGUCUGAGUGCUGCUCCACGCUAGGAGCCGCCUGGGGCAGCCCCUGCGAACCCUGCGAGAUCGACACGGCUUGCUCUCGAGGAUUUGCUCGGAUGAAGGGCCUCGUCUGUGAAGACAUCAAUGAGUGUGAAGUGUUCCCUGGAGUGUGUACCAAUGGGCGGUGUGUGAACACCCAGGGAUCGUUCCGCUGCGAAUGCACUGCAGGCCUGACUUUAGACAGCAGUGGUCGCACAUGUGUCGACAUGCGCAGUGAGCAGUGCUAUAAGAAAUGGCACGAGGAUGAGUGCGGUGAGCCUCUUCCCGGAAGGUACCGUGUGGACAUGUGCUGCUGCUCGGUGGGUGCUGCUUGGGGGGUCGAUUGUGAGGAGUGUCCUAAAGAAGGAACAUCUGAAUUCAAUACCAUCUGUCCCAGAGGUCGCGGUUUUGCAAACAGAGGAGAUAUUCUCACCGGCAGGUCUUUCUAUAAAGAUGUGAAUGAAUGUAAGGUCUUCCAGGGUCUGUGUACUUAUGGGACCUGCAGAAACACAAUCGGCAGUUUCAAGUGUCGGUGCAACAGCGGUUUUGCUCUCACAGCCGAGGAGAGAAACUGCACAGAUAUCAAUGAGUGUCAAAUCUCCCCUGACCUCUGUGGCCAUGGUACGUGUGUCAACACACCCGGCAGCUUUGAGUGUGAAUGCUUUGAAGGCUACGAAAGUGGCUUCAUGAUGAUGAAAAACUGCAUGGACAUUGAUGAAUGUGAGAGAAACCCCUUGCUGUGCCACGGAGGAACCUGCCUGAACACAGAAGGAAGUUUUGAGUGUGAAUGUCCUGCAGGAUAUGUGCUCAGCAACGAUGCAUCUGUCUGUGAAGAUAUGAAUGAAUGCCAGCUGAGUGACAACUUGUGCAGAAAUGGACAGUGUGUCAACAUGCCCGGGACCUACCAGUGCUCCUGUAACACCGGGUACCAGGCCACACCUGACAGACAGGGCUGCGUCGAUAUUGACGAGUGCACCAUCAUGAACGGAGGCUGUGAAACUCACUGUACCAACUCCGAGGGCAGCUAUGAGUGUAGCUGUAGUGAGGGCUAUGCUCUGAUGCCUGACCUCAGGACUUGUUCAGAUAUUGAUGAGUGUGAAGAGACUCCAGAGGUCUGUGAUGGAGGCCAGUGCACCAAUAUUCCUGGGGAAUAUCGUUGUCUGUGUUUUGAUGGAUUUAUGGCUUCCAUGGACAUGAGGACCUGUAUCGAUGUGAACGAAUGUGAUUUGAACCCAAACAUCUGUCUCCACGGUGACUGUGAGAACACCAAAGGCUCGUUCAUCUGCCACUGUCAGCUGGGAUACUUUGUCAAGAAGGGAUCCACAGGCUGCACAGAUAUUGAUGAGUGUGAGAUUGGAGCUCACAACUGUGACAUGCACGCUGCAUGCAUUAACGUGCCAGGGAGCUUUAAGUGCCGCUGUAGAGACGGCUGGGUGGGAGACGGCAUCAAGUGUGUGGAUUAUGAUGAAUGUGCCUCAGAGGACCACAGUUGCCACCUCAAUGCAGAUUGCGUCAACACACCAGGGUCAUAUAGGUGUACAUGCAAAGAAGGCUUCAAUGGAGACGGCUUUUCGUGCUCAGACAUGGAUGAAUGUGCAGACAACGUCAACCUGUGUGAGAACGGGCAGUGUCUGAAUGCUCCUGGAGGCUACCGCUGCGAGUGCGAGAUGGGCUUCACGCCCACUGAGGACAGCAAGGCCUGUAAAGAUAUUGAUGAGUGUAAUUUCCAGAACAUCUGUGUGUUUGGAACUUGUGAGAACCUUCCAGGCAUGUUCCGCUGUGUUUGUGACGAUGGCUACGAGCUGGACCGCAGUGGAGGAAACUGCACUGAUAUCAACGAAUGUGCUGUCCAUGUGAACUGUCUCAACGGACUCUGUGUGAACAUACCAGGGAGUUACUUGUGUAACUGUCCACCUGAUUUUACACUCAACCCCACUGGCGUGGGCUGCGUGGAUACCCGUGUCGGCAACUGUUUCUUGGACAUCCUUCCUCGGGGUGACGGAGGAAUCUCCUGCAGUGUGGAGAUCGGUGUGGGUGUUACACGAGCUUCCUGCUGCUGCUCCGAUGGAAGAGCUUGGGGAAACCCUUGCGAACUUUGCCCAACAUCCAACUCCUCCGAAUACAAGACUCUCUGUCCAGGAGGGGAGGGCUUCAGACCAAAUCCCAUCACUGUUCUUCUGGAAGACAUUGAUGAGUGCAUGGAGUUACCGGGUCUCUGCCAGGGUGGGAACUGCAUUAACACAUUUGGUAGCUUCCAGUGUGAGUGUCCGCCAGGCUACUACCUGAAUGAAGAGACGCGCAUCUGUGAAGAUAUUGAUGAAUGCACUGCUCAUAUUGGGAUCUGUGGGCCUGGAACUUGCUACAAUACAUUGGGCAACUACACUUGUGUGUGCCCCCCUGAAUACAUGCAGGUCAAUGGAGGAAACAACUGCAUGGACAUGAGGAAAAGUGUUUGCUACCGCAACUUCAAUGACACGUGUGAGAAUGAGCUGUCAUUCAACAUGACCAAGAAGAUGUGCUGCUGCGCCUACAAUGUGGGCAAAGCCUGGAACAAGCCGUGCGAGCCGUGUCCUACUCCUGCUACCAAUGCGUACCGGACACUGUGCGGUAACCUGGCUCCUGGCUUCAUCAUUGACAUCCACACCGGCAAACCAGUUGACAUUGAUGAGUGCAGAGAAAUCCCGGGUAUUUGUGCUAACGGAGUGUGCAUCAACCAGAUUGGAAGCUUCCGCUGUGAAUGUCCAAUGGGCUUCAGCUACAACAACAUACUACUGAUUUGUGAAGAUAUUGAUGAGUGCAACAGUGGGGACAACCUGUGCCAACGCAACGCCAACUGCAUCAACAUCCCAGGCAGCUACCGCUGCGAAUGCUCCCAGGGCUUCAAACUGUCCCCCAGCGGAGCCUGUCUGGAUCGCAAUGAGUGUCAGGAGAUUCCUAACGCCUGCAGCCAUGGACAGUGUAUCGACACGCAGGGCAGUUAUCGCUGUCUCUGCCACAAUGGCUUCAAGGCCACUGCUGAUCAAACCAUGUGCAUGGACAUUGAUGAAUGCGAAAGGCAGCCGUGCGGCAAUGGUACCUGUAAAAACACGGUGGGAUCGUACAACUGCCUCUGCUUCCCUGGAUUUGAGCUCACACACAACAAUGACUGCAUGGACGUGGAUGAGUGCUUUGCUCUGCAGGGCCAAGUGUGCAGGAAUGGACAAUGCAUCAACGGGCUUGGUUCCUUUCAGUGCCUCUGCUAUGAGGGUUACGAAAACACCCCUGAUGGAAAGAAUUGCAUUGAUAUCAAUGAGUGUAUAAGUCUGCCUGGAACAUGCUCUCCGGGAACCUGCCAGAACCUGGAUGGAUCUUUCAGAUGUAUUUGCCCUCCAGGUUACCAGGUGCAAAAUGACCAGUGUUUAGAUAUUAAUGAAUGUGAAGAGCCCAACUUCUGCCAGUUUGGCACCUGCACCAACACCCCAGGCAGCUUCCAGUGCUCUUGCGAACCAGGCUUUGUACUCUCUGACAACAAACGGCGUUGCUAUGACACCAGAGAGAGCUUCUGUUUCACCAAGUUUGAGGCGGGCAAAUGCUCAGUCCCUAAAGCAUUCAACACCACUAAAGCCAAGUGCUGCUGCAGCAAGAUGCCUGGAGAGGGCUGGGGAAUUCCCUGUGAACUGUGCCCACGAGAAACUGAUGCUGCUUUCAACACUCUAUGCCCCUACGGCCUUGGAGCUUUGCCUGGACUGGGUGACACUCGAGAGGAUAUGAACGAGUGUCUGGAUAAUCCUGGAAUUUGCCAGAAUGGAAUAUGCAUCAACACAGAUGGCUCUUUCCGAUGCGAAUGUCCCUUUGGGUACAACCUGGAUUACACUGGAGUCAACUGUGUUGACGCGGAUGAAUGCUCCAUUGGGAACCCUUGUGGGAACGGAACCUGCACCAAUGUAGUGGGAGGCUUUGAGUGUUCGUGCCAGGAGGGCUUUGAACCGGGACCCAUGAUGACUUGUGAAGACAUUAACGAGUGCUCCCAGAAUCCCCUUCUUUGUGCUUUCCGUUGUGUCAACACAUUUGGGUCCUACGAGUGCAUGUGUCCUGCCGGCUAUGUGCUGCGAGAUGACCAGCGCAUGUGCAGAGAUCAGGAUGAGUGUUUGGAGGGACUAGAUGACUGCGACUCCAAAGGCAUGACCUGCAAGAACCUGAUUGGAACCUUCAUGUGUAUCUGCCCUCCUGGAAUGCAGCGGCGACCAGAUGGAGAGGGAUGCAUGGACUUGAACGAGUGUCGUGCCAAACCUGGAAUCUGCAAGAACGGUCGCUGCAUCAACACGGUGGGAAGCUACCGCUGCGAGUGUAACGACGGAUUUGAGCCGAGCUCAACUGGAACUGAAUGCAUUGACAACAGAAAGGGCUUCUGUUUCACAGAGGUCCUGCAGACUAUGUGCCAGCAGUCGUCAACCAACAGGAACACUGUGACUAAGUCUGAGUGCUGCUGCAAUGCGGGUCGAGGCUGGGGGUCACAGUGCGAGUUGUGCCCUCUACCUGGCACUGUGCAGUACAAGAAGAUGUGCCCUCUUGGACCUGGAUACACCACAGAUGGUAGAGAUAUCAAUGAAUGCCAGGUGCUGCCAGAUCUGUGCAAGAACGGUCAGUGCAUCAACUCUAUAGGAUCCUUCCGCUGCCACUGUAAUGUAGGAUACAAAGCUGACUUCACCAGCACUUCCUGUGUCGAUGUGGAUGAAUGCUCCUUGUCUCCCAAACCCUGUAACUUCCUGUGUAAAAACACUGAAGGCAGCUACCUGUGCUCCUGCCCCAGAGGAUACAGCCUACAACCCGAUGGAAAGACCUGCAAAGAUCUGGAUGAGUGCUCAACAAAGCAGCACAACUGCCAGUUCCUCUGUGUUAACACCAUCGGAGGCUUCAACUGCAAGUGUCCAUCUGGGUUCACUCAGCAUCAGACCGCCUGCAUUGACAACAAUGAGUGCACAGCCCAAAACAGUGUCUGUGGUUCUCGAGCUUCCUGUGUAAACACUCCUGGUAGCUUCAACUGUGAAUGCUCUAAAGGUUUCUCCCUGGAUAGCACUGGCAUAGAGUGUGAAGAUGUGGAUGAGUGUAGCAAUAACCAUCGCUGUCAGCAUGGCUGUCAGAACAUGCUGGGAGGUUACCGCUGUGGCUGUCCUCAGGGAUACGUGCAGCACUACCAGUGGAACCAGUGUGUGGAUGAAAACGAGUGUCAGAGCGGGACUGUUUGUGGUUCCGCUUCCUGCUACAACACCCUGGGCAGCUUCAAGUGCGUCUGUCCUUCUGGUUUUGACUUUGAGCAGAACGCUGGUGGCUGCCAGGAUGUGAAUGAAUGUAGCACAGGCACAAACCCCUGCAUCUAUGGCUGCUCCAACACUGACGGAGGCUACUUGUGUGGCUGUCCUGGAGGUUUCUUCAGAGCUGGACAGGGUCACUGUGUUUCAGGCUCAGGCUUCCCAGGCCAACUCGUUGAUGGUGAUGAGGAUGACAGUCUGUCUCCUGAAGCUUGCUAUGAGUGCAAGAUCAAUGGAGGAGGAAAGCCUGGACGACACAGGCGCAGUACUGAUGAAAAUGAACUGAAUCAGGAAGCAGUUGUGAGCAUGGCCAGUGUGGACACCCAGGCCUCCAUCCCCAUGAACCUCUCACUGACCUCACUGCUCAACAAGGAGCCUCUGCUUGAGCUUCUCCCCGCCCUGGAGCCGCUGGAGCAUCAUGUACGUUACAUCAUAACCCAUGGCAACACAGACGAACACUUCCGCCUUUUGGAGCGCCGGGACGGAAAGAGUGUGCUCCGGCUUGGGAAGAGACCGCCUCAGCCUGGGUCCUACAGGCUGGAGAUCACCAGCCUGCCUCUGUUUGGACCCCGCAGACUACAUCAGCUGGAGGAGCAGCACGACUAUGAUUACCUACAGGGGGAAAUAGGGGGCGCUCUGCGGAUCAAGCUCCACAUUCACCUGCACUGAGCUCAGUGUAUGUGUGUGCAAUCCUUCUCUGGACUUAUUUGUUAACCAUCGAAUUACUCCCCCGCCUGAAAGGACCAUCAGACUAACAGGGGGAGUAUUACGGGCUAUGAAAAACUGAGUCAAUAAGCCCACCUCUACCACCACUUUGUUACUCUGCAAGUUAUAUGUUGAUGUUUUUUCCUUUAUUUGUUCCAUGACUGUAAUUCUACCUGACCCAGCACUCAUUUCUCUGCUGAGAGGCAGCGGAGAAGAGGGCAAAGGCAUGCUUUUGUGCUUGGGCCUCUCCAACUCCAUCCAGAAAACGUAGCAGGUCUGUUUAGGCUAGUGUCUCAAUGUUUCAAGGGCUGAGCUAAAAUGAUUUGGAGGUUUUCUUAGUCGUGUGAAAGUACCUGAUCUCGGGAUUCUUUCACAACACUUGAGGAUAAAGGUUUGCCACAUUUUGACCCUCUCGGUAUUCAAGUGUGCCAUUUAAUGUGUUUGUGCUGUUUGAAAGAUUAUCACCACGAAGGACUGCAACAUUUACACAGCAUUUCAGGUUCUAACGUCCAAAGCACUCUGUUCUUUGCAGCUCGGCGACGACCGGUCCUCAGAUCCAGACACGAAGAAGCUGCGUUCUGCUCUGAUGCGACUGAUUGUUGCUCGUGCCCGCAGGCGGAGAGCUAAGCAGGGAUUGGCGUGUUUGCGUGCGUGUGUGCUGUCAUGUUUGCUUACCUCAGUAUGUCUUGCAUAGUGUGGACGCCUUGCUGUGAUGCUGACUUUGAAACAAAAGAGGGUGCUAGCGUCCCUCAGCAUCCAUCACAAGCAGGGAAACACCAUUUAGGAGCUCAUAGGCUUUUAAAGAAGGUAGAUCAUGUUGAAUUUGUUUUUAUCUUCACUUCAGGUGUACUGAUUCUCAUCCUGAGAGCCAGCUUUGUCGUUGAGCAGGAAGUCUUCUGAAAUGCUUCAGGAGCUGUAGCUGAAAUUAAGCUUAUUUUAUCUGACUUCUUUGACAACGGAAGGUUGAGCCUAGUUUACAACGUGACAGGAGCCAUCUCAAAGGUACAUGACAGCUAUAACAUUUAUUGCUUUGGAAACAUUUUUGUCCCCUGCAAAUGUAUUCUGUUUUUGUCAGUUAAAUGAUUCAGAUCAUCUCACUUUUGUUUUCAGAUAUUUUGUUUCUGAGCCAUUUAGAGGGAAAAUUUAUGGUUCCAUCAUUUGCAGCAACUCUUUCUGGUCCUGAAGCAAUAAAACUGUCCCAGGCCAUCA